UGUUCUUCCAUGGCAAGUUCAUUUGGAAGUCCAGAAUAUCAAUACAAUCCUAACAAUCCACCUUGGCGUAAAUUACUUUGGGUGAAACAAAACUAUCCUGAUAAUUAUGUUGAUGAUACCUUCCUUGAUGAAUUACAAAAGAAUGUAAAUGUACGCGAAUAUGACUAUUGGACCAUGGUGUAUCAAUCAGGUAUUAUUACUCAACAUAUUAGUAGCAUUGUAAUCUUUAUUGCCAUCUUUAUCAAUCUUCAAUUAUCAGCGUUAUCUGGUCGACAACUCAUAUGGAUUGGUUCAUCCUUCACUGGUUUGGGAUAUCUAUUUUGGAAUAUGAUUGUCAAAAAUCAUGCUUUUAAAAGAAAACAUGUUCUCAAAAGCGCUGUUUUCUUCUUCUCCACUCUACUUGGAUUAUCACCUAUUUUGAAAACAUUGACUAGUCAAACAAGUCAUGAUACUAUUUGGGCAAUGACCGUGUAUUGUUUUUUAGCAAACGUUCUAUCUCAUGAUUAUGCUGCUGAAAGUCGGACAAGAGUCAAGAUUCCAGGAUCAUUAUCUACAAAUGCUGCCAUUUUUGCCUCUGUACUUUUAGCCUCCCGUUUGGAUACAAAUCUUGAUGUAUUUGGCUUACUAUCAUUUGCUGUGGAAUGGUUUGCUCUUUUUCCUAUCUUUCGACGAUACUUACAGGAUCUGAAUCCUAAACUCUCCAUAGCUCUGACCAUUCUUAUGCAAUUUUUAUGCGUAAUUUUAUUCAUUCAAAUAUCCAAAGCUGUGGUGAUACUUUAUCUUUUAGGUUUUUGUUUCCUGACUUUUGUUUGUCCUUAUUGGUUGAUUUUUAUCCAAAAAUACAAAAACGAGAUCCAUGGACCUUGGGAUGAAGCAAGACCAAGGUUACAGCAACGUAGACGUAAUCUUUAUAGAAAGUAUCCCAAUUAAAUUAGAAUACUUCCUUUUUAUAUAUAUAUGAUACAGUAUCCUUGUACAUAAUCUUCCCUUAUCACAUUAUACCAUUCUAAUAAAAACAAAUAAAAGUAUAUAUGUAUAUUCACUUUGAACAA